CAGAGAGGGAAGGGAAGGGAGGCGGUGUCGGGGGCGCGCUCGCCUCGCCGUGCCCGCGUCCCGUGCGGCCGCCAUGUUGUGCUGAAGAGCGGCGGCGGCGGCAGCCAGGAGCCCGGCGACCCCGGCUCAAGGCAGGAGGCCGCGCCCCGGGACGGGGUGUGGGGGCUCCGCGCCAUGCCCGGCCCUGAGUCCCGUUCCUCUGGUGGGAUCUGAGCAGAUGUUGCCCUUCUCUGUUGCCAAUGUGAAGUAUUGGAAGAGUAACGUCUGAAACUGUCUGGGGCAAAGAGGACUUUUAUUAUCUCUUCUUUGAUUUUAAUAAGUGAAGACGAGCCUCAAAGUAUUGUGAGUAAAGACGAGGAUUUCUCCUCCUAUCCAGGGCCUGUCAUGGAUGAAGAGACUCAGCACAGCCUUGAAUGCAUCCAAGCUAAUCAGAUUUUUCCCAGGAAGCAGCUGAUCCGAGAGGAUGAGAACCUUCAGGUCCCAUUCAUUGAACUUCAUGGUGAGAGUACAGAGUAUGUAGGACGAGCAGAGGAUGCCAUCAUUGCACUUUCUAAUUACAGACUUCACAUCAAAUUCAAGGAGUCUGUUGUGAACGUUCCGUUGCAGCUUAUAGAAAGUGUUGAGUGUCGUGAUAUAUUUCAACUUCAUUUGACUUGCAAAGACUGCAAGGUUAUAAGGUGUCAGUUUUCCACUUUUGAGCAGUGUCAAGAUUGGCUUAAGCGUCUGAACAAUGCCAUCCGCCCUCCUUCCAAGAUAGAAGACCUUUUCUCAUUUGCCUACCACGCCUGGUGUAUGGAGGUGUAUGCUAGUGAAAAGGAGCAGCAUGGGGAUUUGUGUCGGCCAGGAGAACAUGUAACUUCAAGGUUUAAAAAUGAAGUGGAGAGGAUGGGUUUUGAUAUGAACAAUGCCUGGAGAAUUUCCAACAUCAAUGAAAAGUACAAGCUCUGUGGGAGCUACCCCCAGGAAAUUAUAGUCCCUGCCUGGAUCACGGAUAAAGAGCUGGAGAGCGUGGCAAGCUUUCGGUCUUGGAAGCGCAUCCCUGCUGUUGUGUACAGGCACCAGAGCAAUGGAGCAGUCAUUUCCCGCUGUGGACAACCUGAGGUCAGUUGGUGGGGCUGGAGGAAUGCAGAUGAUGAACACCUUGUCCAGUCUGUAGCCAAAGCCUGUGCCUCAGAUUCAAGGUCCAACAGUAACAAACUAAUGAAUGGAAAUUGUGCAAGAGAUUUCUCCAAUGGAGGAGACCUCUCUGAUGUGGAAUUCGAUUCCUCAAUCUCUAACGCCUCGGGAGCAGAGAGUUUGGCAAUACAGCCUCAGAAGCUUUUGAUCUUAGAUGCACGGUCCUAUGCAGCAGCUGUGGCUAACAGAGCCAAAGGUGGAGGCUGUGAGUGCCCAGAGUAUUAUCCAAACUGUGAAGUAGUGUUCAUGGGAAUGGCAAACAUUCAUUCUAUCCGGAAGAGCUUUCAGUCCCUGCGUCUGCUCUGCACACAAAUGCCAGAUCCAGGAAAUUGGUUGUCAGCUCUGGAGAGCACCAAAUGGCUGCAGCACUUAUCUGUGCUUCUGAAAUCUGCACUGCUUGUGGUUCAUGCUGUGGACCGAGACCAGCGACCUGUCUUGGUGCACUGCUCGGAUGGCUGGGACCGAACCCCCCAGAUUGUGGCUCUGGCCAAACUGCUGCUAGAUCCCUACUACAGGACCACAGAGGGUUUCCAGGUGCUGGUGGAGAUGGAGUGGCUGGAUUUUGGCCACAAGUUUGCCGAUCGCUGUGGCCAUGGUGAGAAUUCGGAUGACCUCAAUGAGCGCUGCCCGGUGUUUUUGCAGUGGCUGGACUGCGUCCAUCAGCUCCAGAGGCAGUUCCCCUGCUCUUUCGAGUUUAACGAAGCAUUCCUUGUCAAAUUGGUGCAGCACACCUACUCUUGCCUCUUUGGUACAUUCCUGUGCAACAAUGCGAAAGAAAGAGGAGAAAAACACACUCAGGAACGGACCUGUUCUGUCUGGUCUUUGCUGCGGGCAGCAAACAAAGCCUUCAAGAACCUGCUCUACUCCUCCCAGUCAGAAUCUGUGCUGUACCCAGUGUGCCAUGUGCGUAACUUAAUGCUCUGGAGUGCUGUUUACCUGCCCUGUUCUUCCCCCUCUACACCUGCUGAUGACACCUGUGCCCCAUACCCUGUUCCAGGCUCUAGCCCUGAAGAUCAGCCCCUGGGCAGGUUACCAAAGACAAGAUCCUUUGACAAUCUGACGACAGCCUGUGACAGCAGUGUGCCUACAACCAACCGGCGUAGCAGUGACCCCAGCCUGAAUGAGAAGUGGCAGGAGCACCGCAGGUCCCUGGAGCUGAGCAGCCUUGGGAACCCUGGGGAUGAUCCGUUUGAUGGGGAUGGCCUGAGCAAGCAGGGCAGGGCUCUGAUGGGAGCAGAGCUUUCUGUAGCAGCCGGUGUGGCGGAGGGACAGAUGGAGAACAUUUUGCAGGAGGCCACUAAAGAGGAUGUCAUUCUGGAGGAGCACUUAAGGGGCAGCCUAGAGACUGCAGGUAAAGGGGAUGAGAUUGCCUUGGAUAAGGAGAAGAGAACUGAAAAUCUACACGGCUAUGUCAGUGAACUGUGUGAAAAGGCUGAGGAUAAAGGUAUGGUAAUGAACAAUCCAUGUCCGCUUUCACAAGGUGCUUGUGAGCUUAAAGGACACCAGGAGGAGCACACUGAUCUCAGUAACACUAUCCAGAAGUUACCUCAGGUGAAAGGACUACAGACUGUUCCUUUGGAGAGUUUUGUAAAUAGAGACACUCAAAAGAAUGUGGAGGAAGGUGUGGGCAAGCCUGAAGGAGAAGGAGAAACCCUGCACAGCGUAUCACAUGCCGGCCUUCUGUUACCUCUUACAAGCCUGCAGGAGGUGAGAACAUCCAACAUCGAGAGUUCUACAGAGACCUUAACAGAGAAUGAAGCAAAGCAAGAGCUGAUUCCCAAGGGCCCGUGCCACAGAGCCCAUCUGAUGGACAACAGUGCUGACGAGCUUUCUCGAAUUAUUGAAAACAGGCCAGAAGGGGAGAGCAUGAUAGAACUUCAGAAACUGGGCACAAAAGUACACAGGACUUCUGGUAGCGGCAGCACACGCAUCCCAAUGCCUUCCCCUUGUGCCUUGCCUUUAGGUGAAUGUAAAGAUGAGGUUGUGUGUAACGGAGAGCUGGAGCCUGAGAACAAGAUGACAGAGAAGCCUGCAGGGUUUGGCAUCGUGCAGAAAUACCAGGCAACAAACGGGCACUGUGUGAACGGGGAGGAUGGGAGGAUGAAGAUCUCUCUGAGCCGGCAGGUCUCCGCAGCGAGCUGCAGCUCUGCACAGUUUCACUUGAGGAACCUGCACCAGAAAUGGGUGAUGACUCAUCUCGGGAAGCAGCAGGCGGCCGGCAGCCCAGACCAACCUGCCAGGAGCCACCUGGAUGAUGAUGGGAUGCCUGUCUACACCGAUGUCAUCCAGCAGCGCCUGCGCCAGAUUGAAACUGGGCAUCAGCAGGAGGUGGAGACCUUGAAGAAGCAACUGCAGGAGCUGAAAAGCCGGCUGGAAAGCCAGUUCCUCAACAGCUCCUUGCGUCUCAAUGGUGAUUUUGGAGACGAAGUGACUUCUAUACCCGACUCGGAAAGCAAUCUGGAUCAGAACUGCUUGUCUCGCUGCAGCACAGAGAUUUUCUCUGAAGCCAGCUGGGAGCAGGUGGACAAACAGGACACAGAGGUGACACGAUGGCUUCCCGACCACCUGGCCGCACACUGCUAUGGCUGUGACAGCACGUUCUGGCUCGCCAGCAGGAAGCACCACUGCAGGAAUUGCGGAAACGUGUUCUGCUCCAGCUGCUGUAACCAGAAGGUGCCAGUUCCCAGCCAGCAGCUCUUUGAGCCCAGCAGAGUCUGCAAAUCGUGCUACAGCAGCUUGCACCCGAGCAGCACCAGCCUUGAUCUUGAACUGGACAAACCCAUCACUGCCACAUCAAACUAAAGGCCCACCUGGGAGGCGGGGCCCUUCCCCGGGCAGAGCUGUGUGAUCUCAGUGGGCUGAGACUGGAAGGACGAGGGGGCGAGGAGUGCUGCUCAGUGGGACGGAGCUCAGCCGUGCUGUGCUGCUGCAGUGUGGGCAUCUCCUCUUCCAGCCGUUCCCCUUUCCUUUCUGUCCCGUUCGUGUGUGUGUGUGCGUGUACGCGCCUGUGUGUAUAUAUAUAAUAAUAUAUAUAUGUUUGCUUGUUUGCUGGAAGAUUGUACAAGCGGGAAGGGAGCUGGCACCAGAACCAGAUUUCCCUUUUGUAUUUCACUGUCCCACUGCUGACCUGCGUUGCAGACAAUUCGAUGGAGGAAAGGAGAUGAGGGGGAUCGGCGCAGUCGGUGUGCAAGGUGAAUCGCUGUAGCCUCAGCGCUAGUGCUUUCAAUCACUCCUGUUACUUCCAAACAAGAAACUGCUGUUUGGGAAUUUGUUGCUGCUAGAAGAAGUGGGAAUCUCUUUCCCAAGAGAGCACUCUCCCUCUCUGUUCUUAGAGUGGGCUUAGCUGUCCUCGCUGCAUGAAGGGGAUCGCAGGCUCUGCUGCGGCAGCCCCGCGGUGCUGACUGGGGACAGCUGGGCAGUGCUGGCUGCAGGAGGUGCCCGGUGUUGGUGAGAGGUGAUGAGGGGCCGAGCUUGGUGUCACACCGACACCUCUCUCUGAAGUUGUGUAAAUGCAGUUCCUUAUUUAAAACCAAGUGGGAAAGUAGCAGCCCUCUGAUUUGUGUCCUUGUCCCACCGUAGGUUGUUUUGCUCAGCGCAGAGCUCCUUAUCACAGCUCCCUCUGCAGCCACGGCCCUGCUGCUCCCGCUGCACUUCAGUGAGGGCACUCAGAGCAGCAGCACUUCCAGCUGUGCUGCACUGCACUCCUGCUGCGUUUGGUCCCACAGGAAUGCACUGUGCUGCAGCGUUCUGCCACGGCUGCUCCUUUUCCAGUGUGCUCCAGCUAGGAAGGACCUGCCUGAGGAUUAUACCAGGGCUGUCACAGUACAUCGUGAUUCCCCUCCUUCCUUCUGCCCCAGCCUGAGUUGCUUUCCGAGUCACCUCAAUAAAGUGUGGAUCUCUUCAAUAUAUGUUUUUAACUGAGUGGUAGGUCCUCGGCCCCUUCUCCCUUUUGAUAGAGCAGUGUUGCUCAGUGCAGCUGGGCAGGAGGAUGCAUCUGGUCAUGUCAUGCUCUGCAGCACGCUGCCUGGCCAGGCUUACAUCUCCUGCACUGUUCUGUAGGACAGAACAAUCCUGUUGAGUAUCUGAGAGCUGAAAGAAAUAACGAACAAUCGUUGGGAAGGGAGCACUGCCCUUCCCUGCAGCGUCACAAUCGUGGUCUGCAGUGUCAGACAGAGACCAUCUCAUUAAGUCUGGUGGGGAAAAAAAUGACACAGAACUUCCCGUGCCGGCACUGCUGUGCUCUGAGCUGAGGCUGCAUGGACAGAAAUGAAGGCGUGGGGGCUGUGCUGGCACAGGGAAGGGGCCUGGGAGCAGCAGGAGAGAAAAGCAAAGAAAAAGCUGGGUUCUCCCAUGGAGUUUUUAUCUGUUUUCUCCUGAACCAACGCAGCGAUGUGCGGGCAGAGCUGUGGGUGCUGCAGUUGGAUGUGAAGCAGAGGCUGUGAGACAACAGCGGUGUGCGGUGCGUCAGAAACACGCGUGGGGUUCUGCAGUUGUAAGGACAGGUGCCAAGAGGUUUGAUACGGGUUUCUGGGCUCUGUGAUGUACAGUGUGAAUAAAUGCUUGCAGCUCUUAGUCUUU